AGAAAAAUAUAAAAGCCAGUAAUAUGAUAAUCUUGGUUUGUAACUCAAGUUUUUAUUUUCUAUAGGAUUUAAAAGUUCAAUGCAUAAAUAUCAUAAAUCUAUGUACAUGGUAUAAAGAUACAAUUUGUGAUAUCAAUAACGUAACAGAGCUGAAAAGGGGUCGGGUUUUGUGUGGAAUUGAAGUUAAGCUGGUAUCACCUCAGAAGAGAUUGUUAUAAUAUUAGGAUGUUAUACGCAAUCCCUAUCAUAACCACAAAGAAAGUAUCUACAGAAUAUACACAUAAGCACACAAGAAGGGACAAAAAAAUCAACGAAACACAAAAGCAGUAACGGAGAAAAUGGAAAACAAAAAAAGAAAGUGUAAGACAUGUACCAAAAAAGUAACAAAUGGCAAAAGUCAGUCCUUUCCUAUUAGUAAUUAUUUUAAGUGUAAAUGGAUUAAUCUACCCAAUUUAAAAAAAGCAUAGCGUGGCAGAAUGAAUUAAAAAUAAAAUUAGAAUUCAAUUAUGCUUUCUGCAGGACACUCAACGUUAGAUAAAGGCUAGACUAUGAAAUAGUAUUAGCCAAAAUAGACUUUAAGUCAAAAACAGUUACAAAGGACAUCGUAUAAUGAUAGUCAACUCACCAAAAAGAUAUAACAAUUGUAAACAGAUAUGCAUAAAACAUCAGAACGCUAAACUACGAAAAGUAAACAUUGAUGGAAUUGAAGAGAGAAAUAGCUGUAUAAUGAUAGCAGGAGGACUCAAUACCCCACUUUCAUUAAUGAAUAAAACGAAGAUCAGCAGGGGAAGAAGAUUUAAACAUCACCAACUGGACUUAACAGACAUAUAAAGAAUACUUCACCCAACGAAUGCAGAGUCCAUAUUCCUCAAGCGCACGCAAAACGUUCUCCAGGGAGCGCGGAGCGGUUUGGUCGGUCGUUGGGGAAGCAUCUUUCCUCUGCUCGGCGACUGCGGCUCUUCAUUGGGCACCAGAAGCGGCUCGGUGCUUUGAGAAGUGGCCUAAAACUUCGGCCUUGGGCAAAAGAAAAUGGCUCGAACCAAGCAGACGGCUCGUAAAUCCACUGGUGGGAAAGCCCCCCGCCAACAGCUGGCCACCAAAGCUGCCCGGAAGAGCACUCCCUGUACCCGCGGGAUGAAGAAGCCUCGUCGCUACAGGCCCGGCACCGUGGCGCUCAGACAGAUUCGUCGUUAUCAGAAAUCCACCGAGCUGCUCAUCGGGAAGCUGCCUUUCCAGAGGCUGGUGAGGGAGAUCGCCCAGGAUUUCAAAACCGACUUGAGGUUUCAGAGUGCAGCCAUUGGUGCGCUGCAGGAGGCGAGUGAGGCGUACCUGGUGGGUCUGUUUGAAGAUACCAACCUGUGUGCCAUCCACGCGAAGAGGGUCACCAUCAUGCCCAGGGACAUCCAGCUGGCUCGCCGGAUACGGGGAGAGAGAUCUUAAGUCAAGGCAGUUUUUAUGGCGUUUUGUAGUAAAUUCUGUAAAAUA